AUGAUGCAGAUAGGAUCUUCAACAGUUACUGUCUCUAAUAUUACACCUGUCAAAUUCAAUGAACUUUACUCUAAAUAUAACGAAACUCUUUCAUGUCCAUGUUCAACAACCAGUAUAUCUUAUAAAAAUUUUGUUUCCAAUACAAUCAAAAUUCAUCCUGUUUGUUCAAGUCGUUUCGUUAGUCAAGAAUGGAUUCAUGCAUUAUAUUUAUCGAAUGCAAGUCGAUAUGGAGUAUCGGAUUUUCGAACAACAGCUAGUUCUCAGUUUGAAAUUUUGUCCAGUUUUUGUUCAUUGGCUCAAGACAUAGUUAAUCAUACUGAAAAUGAUGUCAGUAGUAACGAAUUUGUUACUAUUUAUCUUCUUCCUGAUACACAAGUUGAACACGAAUUAUCAUUUAUUUUGCAUGAAAUCAAACAAAUAAAUUCAACAUCGAUCAGCUGUAUCUGUGCCACUAAUCCUGAUUGUCAAACUGAAGCCGUCAUUUACGGCAAUAACCCUAGUGUUAUUUCUUAUGAUGACACUAAUGUUAUUUAUAAAAUACCAGGUUUUAUCAGAGGCUGUCUUAAUAGUGACUUACUUCUACAAUCGACUCUGCAAUGUCUAUAUCCAGAAUUAAAUUCAGAUUGUUUUGCAAGACUACUGAUUUAUACAUCAUUGUUCAACCCGACAUUUGAAUCAAAUAGAUCCGCGCUUGAUCUACAUGCUCUUGUUUAUGAUCCAACACGGAAUCGUUUUCCUCCAAAUACUUUAAUAUCAAUUAUCUUUAAAGAAAUGAUGCUGGAACAAUGGAAUUCAUCUUGGUCGUAUGAACGGUUUUACGAAUCAUGUGCACCAAAGUAUUGUACUUAUCAUCAGAAAAUUCGUUCAAAGACUAUUGUGGAUAUACUUAUAACGUUGUUGUCCACGAUCGGUGGUCUUGCUGUUUCUCUACGUCUUAUCACUCCUCAUUUUGUCAAAUUUAUUUCCAAAUUAUGGGCAAUGAUACGUAAAAGAAAACAAAAACAACAAGAACAACAAGAACACUAA